UGUGAAGACGGUUAAAUAGAUAUAAUAUAUAUAUUAGAAGGAAAAUCCAAACAUACAUAAGAACGGGAAGUUAUAUUCAACGUACUUCAAUUUGUUGUAAAAUUAUGGCCAGCGGAAAACAUCAUGACAUUCGACAGAAGGAUGGAUCGCGACUAGAUUCGUGUAUUCGAAGCCCAGUUACGUAUGGCAAGUUACGUAAUGAUCUAGAAGUUGCCCGACAAGAAAUAGAACGAGAAAUUUAUGAGAAACUCGAAAACUCCUCCAUUUCAACACGAGAUCCAGAUCAGAUAGAUGUCUUACCUAAAUGUCCUCAUGAUAGAACAAAGGCAUGCAGGCGUACCUUCACAGAUCCCGACUAUGCCUACACCAGAGGUAUACCGAGGGAUUCAGGAGGCCAUGGACUGAUGAUUUGUAUCCCUAAGGAGGUGAUAACGGAAUUGGUUAGGCAAGAUGAUGGAAAAAACAUCAACGUCAGUCGUCGACUCAGCGUGUGCCACCUUGUAAACGUCCAGGUUGCGGAGGAGCUUCCGAAAAACAGAGUCUGGGUAGAAAUGACGGGUAAACGUGAGCCUACGGAGCACACAUCCUCUGCGUCUACAAUAAGCACUGACACUGUUAAGAGUGAAGGGUAUGUUCAGGCUAAAAUUUUUACAAGAGAUAACGAAACCACUCGACGAAGUCCUGUUCAACACAGCGAUGAUAACAAUGAGGAAUAUGAAUCGCUUAAAUUCGAAUUCGAUGCGCUAGCCUGUCCAUUAGAUGAGGCUCUAAAAGAUCGGAGGGUUGCUGAAUUUCUACUAAAUAAGACUAAUAACUUCGAUAUCAAACUCACACAGUGGGAAUAUGACUACCAGGCUCCAGUUUUACUAGAGAAGUUCCCUUGGUACCAUAAAAACAUUGAUCAUACAGAGGCAAAACAAAGACUUAAAGAAAAGGAGGUCGGCACUUUUCUUGUACGGCAAGCGGCACAGACUACGGCGGAUCCGAAUCACAAAUUCACCAUGGAAAUAGUCAGCAAAGAUAAGAGAAUUAUCCGCCUGAGAAUAAUGCAUCGAGAUGGGCUGUACAAUUUUGAGGAUUCAAACCAAGAGGGCGUCGUAGAUGUAUGGAAACUGAUUGUUCAAGCCACCGAGAGAGGAUUGGACAUUAGCAAACCAGGCGAAGAUUGGACAAAGAUCACUCCAAUACCCUUAAGUAAUAGGUCCUAAAGAAAUAAGUGGAAAUGAACAUAAAGAGAUUUUCAUUAAAAGUAGACGGUUUUGUUUACUUGAUUAUAUGUUCGUGUUCUGUUGACGAGUCAUGUAUUCGUGGAGUAAUAUGUGUGUGUGAUGUUUUGCUACGAAAAUAAUUAUUAUUAAUAAUUGUGUCAUCUGAUAUGAAAUGCAAUGAACAAUACGUUUACUCGUCAAAAAGUAUUGCGAUAUGGUAAAUAACUGGACAAUAUGUGUAGAUGUUGUUCAUGUCUAAUACCACAUGAAUAAGAAUUCUUAACCAGUUACUGUGCUAUCAAAAUCAGUGCGAUAUUUUUGAUAGUUUAAACUUAUUUACCUUACAACGAUAGUGAAACAAGGUAUAACAACAUUAUAGUAAUCACUCUCGUUGCUACGAUUUUACGCGAGAGAGUGGUCUUGUGUUGUUGGGAAUACCAGAGUACCCGGAGGAGACCCACUUGUCCGGCUUGGUGACCACAAACCAAACUCACAUUGAUAUUUUUAAUGACAUGUUCUUUUUCUCUUUUACACACAAAUGUAAGACAUGAACAAUCACAAUAUAGCUCUACUUUUAUCAAAGUGUAAUUUUAAGUACUUGUUUAUCUUACUAAUGACGACAAUAAGACAAUAUGACCACCUUACUGAUUUUGCAACAAUAAUAACACACGGUUAAGACUGUCAGAGCAUCAUUCCCUGCAUACAUGGCUUGUACGUAUGAUGUCAACGUCCGUCAUGUUGACCGUCAGUUUUCAAUUGUCGUUGAGACAGCAAAAACCGGUUAUGACAAAACGGUGAUUAAUCGACGAUGUAAAAGACUUUGUCCGUUGGUAAACAUUCUUGUUUAUACAAAGUGGGUGUUAAUAAUAAUGGUUUCCACGCUUGAUAUGUCAACGGUUUUGAAUCUUGAAUUAAAUAAAGAAGGGCCAGAGCCACUGUCUUGUCUGGCAAUGGUUGGUCGUGAAUCCGUGUUCAUUAUAGCACUGCCUAACAGGAAGUUUUCUCUUUUAAGUUAUUAAAGAAAUGUGGAUAUUGAAUCAAAACAUAGGCUUAUUCAUAACAAAACUGUCGAACUCAUUAGAUUGACAUUUAUAGUUUUAGACGUUGUAGAAGAUAUGUCUGUUCGUCUGAUAUGAGGGUUCUUGAGAUCCAAAGAGUAGUACUUAAAGAAGAGACAAAUGCCCAACGCUGGAUAACUGACCAAAGCGAUGAUUCAUUCUGGUGUUAAAGUGAUGGACAGGUGAAGGAAAUUGGUAGUUAUCCAAAAACAAAGUCUGCAAAGAGUCGUAUAUGUGGUGGUAUAUCGCAAACAGUGGCAUUGAUGUUAUUAAGAAAAAGUAGCGAAUUGAGAAGAAUUGAGCAUUGCGGCACUCAAGCUGAUAUUAAACUCCAGCUGAUACAAGUUGAUAUUCAUACAUAUGUUGUUCAAACUACUAAAUCUUUCAUUUGUAAUUUGAUCAUUUAUUUGGUUUAUAUGUAAAUAUCAGAUGCCAUGAGGGUGAUAGCAUAAAAUGUUAACCCAAAAUCGUUUAUGUCAAUCAAGACGUUAGCCGAAGUUAACCUCAACGUUUCGAGGUUUAACUUAAUAUGCUAUCACACUUCUUGACAUCUGAUAUUUAUUAUAUAAUACCCCCCAAACACUAUUGUUUACACCGGUUACGUCUGCACUUGUGAAACUAUAAAGUGAUUAAAGUUUCCCGCGUUAUAAUAACGUCAUAGAUUCAAGAUUCAAUAUUUUUUACAGAAUAAUCAGAAGGCCAUGGCCCAUGUGGACAAAUCAAUUAUAAUAUUAUAAAACAAUUUCGGAAUAUAACAUUUUUAAUUUUUAGAUUUUCAAGUCUACUAACACGGAUUUUUAAUUCAACGUAUUUACAUUAUAACAAACUUCAACAAACACAAAGUCAUAAUGAGUAAUUUCAUUCAAUUUAAAAUAGUUCAAACAUAAAUGUAUAUCAGCUCAUCCUCAUAUUUCAUAUCUUGCACAUUUUUUCAAGUAUGACAAAUCAUUCAUAUCUAUAAAUUGACAUUGCAUGUAUCCAAUCUGUAUUAUGUGCCAUGUUGAAUUCACAUUAUAUACAUGUAUUCAUAAUCUAUGAUUAUGUACCGUGGGGUUAUACGUCAAAUAAAAUAAUGCUCCGUUCU